AUGCCUUUAGCUGGUGGAGUGCCGGCUCCUACAAUCACUCCUUUGCGAUUAAACGUGCCUGGCAAGCCUUCGAAUACAAUCGAUACAGGAACAUUUAUUGAAUUGGGCAAAGAGGGACCCGACUGCCUAAUCUAUUUUACAACUAAUGGUGAAACACCCAAUCCCUCCCAUCGAAUCUUUGCAGGACGCGAAGUAACCUAUCGCUACCGGGCCCCGUUUCAACUGAAAAGUGGUCGCCGUACUGUUAAAGCUAUAGCGGUUCAUAGAGUGACAAAAGCUGAAAGUCACAUCGUUAGCAAAACAUUCACCGUCAUAGAAAUCGCCCAUUCUGGUAGCAGUGAGAGUAUUUCCGGUGACGAAUAUCCUAAAUCAAUUGUUCCAGCACACAGUGAUACCCACAGUUCCAUGGAUGACACAUUGGACAGCUUUUUAAAAAAAAGCACAGAUCAGGGCUUUGCAGCGACAAACCACUCGGGCACACAGAUUAAUGUAUACGGCAGUGUACCAGGCGUAGGAUGGGAUAUGAAAACCCCCGAUGGAAACAACUUUUCCAGUAACUUUUUACCACCACUUCAGGCGCCACAGAUGUACGCUUCGCCGUUAAUACCACCAGAGCCUGGGGUUACACAACAACAACUCACUGCUGUUGUGAGCCACUUGACUCAGUACAUUGACCAGAUGCGUCAACGUACGGUGAUGGAGGUGCGUGAAUCUCUGACUCAGGCUAUUGGACACAUUUUGAAGGCCAUUCCAAAACCUCAGCCACCGCCACAGCCAAUACAGCAACCAGCGGUUGAUUUUCCCAUGCUAAAGGGUCCUUUGAGCCAAAUAUUUCAACAAUUUAGCAGCUACGCUACCAAUAAUUCAAAUAUUGCCUAUGAACUCUCCGGUGCUGAUGUGGGCAAGGUGAUUGGAGGCGACCUGGACGAUGCUGACGACAGGUAUGUGUUAGCAAUUGAGCUGGAAAAGAAGGGACGCAAACCAUCGGCGCGUCCAAGUGCUGCGUCAAACAAACACAAAUCCGAUAAAAGGAAUCCAAAAGUCACUGCACCUGAGGGACACGAAGUGGAAACGCAGGUUCGACAAGCUCGUAAUCAAAAGGCAGCUGCAAUUGAAUUGAAGAAGGAAGAAAAGCCUCUGGAGAAAGUUGAAAAUGCAUUCUUUGAAACUGAGGAAUAUAAGAGCGAAGGCACGCUGAAACCAGCAGCCAACUUCGACUGCAAUGCAGAUUGUCAACGUCUGCGCAAGGCCAUGAAGGGUCUAGGUACCGACGAGAAAGCCAUCAUCGAUGUUCUUGCUCGACGAUCAAUUAGUCAGCGUCUAGACAUCGCCAAGCAGUUCAAGACUCUCUUCGGGCUGGAUCUCAUCGAUGAAUUGGACAGUGAGAUUAGUGGCAAGCUCUUCAAGGUCUGCCGUGCCCUCUGCUUAGAGCCUGAAGUUUACGAUGCGGAGGAAUUGCGCGAAGCCGUAGAGGGCAUCGGAACCGAUGAAGACUGCCUCAUUGAGAUCAUCUGCUGUCGUACUAACGCACAAAUUGCGAAGAUUAAGGAGGCGUACAAGAAAGUUUUUAGCCGCGAUCUUGAGAAGGAUGUCCAAGAUGACACCUCAGGACACUUUCAGAGACUCAUGAUCUCAUUGCUUCAAGGCAAUAGAAAUGAAAGUCCCACAUUUGAUCGUAACAAGGCCCGCAAGGACGCUGAAGAGUUAUUAGCAGCGGGAGAGAAGAGUGGAACAGAUGAAUCGAAAUUCAAUGAGAUCCUCAUAUCUCGCUCUAACGCUCAUUUGAGGGCGGUCUUUGAGGAGUAUGAAAAAAUGGGCAAGAGGACAGUAGAAGAAGCCCUAAAAUCGGAGAUGUCUGGUGACCUUCUACGCGCUUUUUUAAGCAUAGUGCGAUCCAUUCAAAAUAAGCCUGCAUUUUUUGCCAAGACUUUACAUCGCUCUAUGAAGGGAAUGGGCACAGAUGAUGAGUCGCUUAUACGGGUGAUUAUCACUAGGUGCGAGAUUGACAUGGUGCAGAUAAAGGAUGCCUUCAAGGCGGAAUAUGAAGCGACACUGGGAGAGUUUAUCAAGGAUGACACUUCGGGAGAUUAUCGACUGGCACUUCUUACCUUAAUAGGCGAGGAAUCACUGGUCAACAAAUGA